GUCGGAGACAGCAGAACGUUCCCCGACGGAGCACUGCCGGCCUCUAGUCACGGGCCCAGAACCGGCGCGGGCGCAGGCAGCGCGGAGGACGGACCGCGGCUGAGGGCGGCAGGGCCCCGAGCUAGUGCCGCGCUUUGGGGUGUAAUGGAGCUGGUAGCGGGCUGCUACGAGCAGGUUCUCUUCGGGUUCACUGUGCGACCCACCGAGUCCUGGACGGUUGCCCCUGAUUUUACACAUCAUGCACACACUGCCUCGUUGUCAGCGGUAGCUGUGAAUAACAGAUAUGUGGUCACUGGGAGCAAAGAUGAGACAAUCCAAAUCUAUGACAUGAAAAAGAAGGUAGAACAUGGGGCGCUGCUGCAGCACAAUGGCACAGUAACUUGUCUGGAGUUCUAUGGUACUGCACAUCUACUGAGUGGGGCUGAAGAUGGGGUAAUUUGUAUCUGGAACACAAAGAGAUGGGAGUGCCUGAAAUCUAUUAAGGCACAUAAGGGGCAUGUGACAUCUCUUUCUAUCCAUCCUUCUGGGAAAUUAUGUUUGUCAGUAGGAACAGAUAAAACAUUAAGAACUUGGAAUCUUGUAGAAGGACGAUCAGCCUUUAUCAAAAACCUGAAGCAAAAUGCCCACAUAAUUAAAUGGUCCCCUGAUGGAGAGAAGUAUGUGACUGUGAUAACAAAUAAAGUGGAUAUCUACAAACUUGACACAGCUUCAAUCACUGGCACUAUCACAACAGAGAAGAGAAUUUCUUCACUUAGAUUUAUUACAGAUUCUGUUCUUGCCAUAGCUGGAGGUGAUGAAAUUAUAAGGUUCUACAGCUGUGACUCUCAAAAAUGCCUGUGUGAAUUCAAAGCUCAUGAAAACAGAAUAAAAGAUAUCUAUAGUUUUGAAAGAGAAGGACAGCACAUUAUUGUUACUGCAUGCAGUGAUGGUUACAUUAAAAUGUGGAAUCUGGAUCUUAAUAAGAUUAAAGAUGUACCAUCUUUACUGUGUGAAGUCAAUAGCAAAGCUAGGCUGACGUGUCUUGCAGUCUGGCUUGACCAAGAUUCAGAAAUUAAAGAAACCUCUGAUAAGGUUGCAACAUUGUCUCAAGCAAAUGAAGAUGAAAAACCAUCCAUAGUCCAGAAAAACAAAGGUUGUUGGACUGAUAAAAGUGGUAAAACAGCAAAAAGAAAAAGAAAAAUUGCUCCAGAGAAGCAAAAAUUGGAAGCUCCACUGCAAAAGAAGAAAAAGAAACGGAAUAGCUCAGCAUGAAGGCAGCUACUUUCUCAGAUUAAAAGUAGAUGCUGGUGUUGCUGAAGUUUUUAUAAGGAUAUAAACCUCUGGCAAUACAUAUACCUCUGAACUGAUCUGUUGAUUAAAAGUAAUGAAUGUUUUUACCCUAAUAAAUUGCCUAAUCAUCCUGGGAAGUAGCAAAAAAGACACCGCAACUUUUCCUAAGUGAAUGAGGCAAAAAUAAAUUUGCAAUAUCUAAUGUUUAUAUAUUCCUGUUAACAGUAGCAUACACUUUUUAACUGGCUCUGGAAAAUCCAGGUAAAAUGAUAAGAAAUGCUACAUCUGUCUCAGUUAUAUUUUUGUCUCACUUAAAUGCAUAUUAAAAACACAAAUGUUUUCAUUUUGGUGUUUAAAAAAUUACUGUUCAUUUGACUCAAAAUAUGAUCUGCCUUUGUUAUGCAUUGUUCUCCUACAGUAAGGAACUUCUUAAAUUUAGUUAAACUAUUACGAUCACAUUUCAUUUGUACAUACAUUCAUACAUUCACAGAAAAUUGUAUUUUCUAGUUCUUGACAUGAACUUCCAGAGUUUAUAAGCAAAAUGUUUGGGUUUUUGUUUGGGUUUUGCAGUAAAGCAUCCAUACUUCAUGCAUUUAAUAUUUUUUAAAGUCUUGGUACCCAUGGUUCACAUGAUUGAAAUCUUUUGUUCAGAAUAUGGUACCUAUUUUAGGUGGAACAGUUUAUCUCAGUUGGGUUUUACCUUCUCUUCCCCUUUCUCAGAGUAUUUUUUCCAGUCCUUGAUCUGAGCUACACUCUUAAAAAAAACCCAAACAUAUCUGACAUUUGAAAUGUUUGCCAUGCUGAUAAAAUGUCACCUGUCUGUUUUACACUUAAACAAAGGGAACAGGGUUUUACCCUUAUUACAGUCACUAUCUUAUUACAAAUAUACAGUGGGAAAAACAAAGUCGAGCUGGAGAGAACAAGGUCAAAUAGCUGUACUAAAUGUUCUCUUUAUUUCUUUCAAAGUAAGGCAUUUUAAUGUUUUCCACACUACCAGAGUAGUCAUUUCUUCUGUUUUCAAUGAGUAAUUAGAAUUAUUCUUUAUUCUGAUUUACUUUAGUAAAAAUCUGUUCCUCCUUACCUGUGCAACAAGAGAAAAAAUAGAGAAAAUCAGGAAAAAAGGGAAAA